CGCAGAUAGAGAUUAGACGCGUUGAAAGCGACAAGAAAAAUGGCGGCGCGUUCGCUGACAAAGUUCGUUUUCUCGAAAAACUCCGCGAACUUGGUGAAAAACGCCUGCUCGGCUCAAAAUGUGAGGUUAUUUUCGGCGCAAGCGAACUACGAGUUCAUCAAGGUGUCCAAGGCCGGCGCGAAAAACAAUGUAGGCGUCAUCACGUUAAACAGGCCGAAAGCGUUGAACGCCUUAUGCAACGGCCUGAUGACCGAACUGAGCAACGCCCUCGUAGAAUUCGAAGGGGACGGUUCCGUCGGCGCGAUCGUAAUUACGGGAAGCGAGAAGGCUUUCGCGGCGGGCGCCGACAUCAAGGAAAUGCAAAAUAACACAUUUGCGAAAAACGUGUCGGCGAACUUUCUCGAACACUGGAACAAGGUGGCGAGGACUUACAAACCUGUAAUCGCAGCAGUCAACGGUUACGCGCUGGGCGGCGGAUGCGAGCUGGCCAUGAUGUGUGACAUCAUUUACGCCGGGGAGAAUGCUAAAUUCGGUCAGCCCGAGAUCCUUAUCGGCACCAUCCCCGGUGCAGGCGGCACUCAACGUCUGCCGCGUUACGUCGGAAAGUCGAAAGCGAUGGAAAUCGUGCUUACCGGUAACCAGGUAAACGCGCAGGAAGCGGAGAAGAUGGGAUUGGCCGCGAAGGUGUUCCCCGCCGAUAAACUGGUCGACGAGGCCGUCAAAUUGGGCGAAAAAAUUUCUGCGAAUUCUCAGCUAAUCGUCAAGUUGGCCAAGGAAUCUGUCAACGCCGCGUUCGAGACCACACUCGCUCAGGGUUUGUUGUUCGAGAAACGCCUGUUCCACGCCACUUUCGCCACCAAGGACCGUCAAGAGGGGAUGACGGCGUUCGUCGAAAAACGUCCGCCAAACUUCACAAACGAAUAAAACCCUUUUUUUUCAUAAAGCUGUU